AUGUCUAAAAAUUUGGUAACACCGAAACAAGAACCUAUGGGUCCUGAUGCGGUUCGUAAUAUGAUGUUAGCUGCUCGAAAACAAAUUAAAGAUCGACAACAAGAACUAAAUUUUACCAUGCCAACACCUUCUGCUGAACAACGUCUAGCUGAACUCAAAGGACGAAUUGCAAGUCAAUUGGGACAACUUCUUCCAGUGCCCGUAGAAGAUCGAGAUCGACCCGUACAUGUAACUAUUGAUAAAGAAGGUCGUACAAUUGAUUCUCUUACAGGUGAAGUUCUACAAAUACCAAGUCGUAUACCAACAUUAAAAGCUAAUCUUCGAGUACAAAAAAAAGAUGUUAUUAAACAAGAACAUCCUAAAGCUAAACAAUACAAAGAAGUUAUUAUUGAACAUCCUGGUCUUGAUGCAUCAGCAGUACAUUUUGAUGCUCGUAUUGGAACUCAUCCAGCUGUACGUAAUCGUCGUCAAUUAGUAUUUAAUAAAAAAGGUAAAUAUGAAGAAAUUGCAAAUCGUCAACGUGCAAAAGCCAAAUUGGAAAAAUUACAACAAGAAAUAUUUCAAAUAGCAAAAAAAACUGGUAUUGCAGUAGAAAAUAAAGUUACAAUAAUUCAACCAAAAAAAUUUUUCUCCGAACUUGAUGUUCCUGAUAUUGAAUGGUGGGAUUAUGUUAUACUUCAACAGAAUAAUUAUUCAGUGAUUAUUCCAGAUGCAAAUAUUCCACCUAUGUUGACUGGUAUUACUCAACUUAUUGAACAUCCAAUACAACUUAAACCACCAUUUGAACCAAAUAAAGCGGUUUUAUUACCAAUACAUUUAACUAGACAUGAACAACGUAAAUUACGACGUCAAAAUCGAGCUGAAGUACUAAAAGAACAACAGGAAAAAAUUCGUCUUGGUUUAAUGCCACCACCAGAACCAAAAGGUAAUUAUAUGUAUAUAGAAAAAAUUAUUUUUAUUAAUUCAAUUAUCGAAUGA